AACAGAGACACCUGGCACAGUGUGAUGGUGCGUAUUGACGUGCACGGAGCCAAGCUGAUUGCCAAAGUGGAUGACAAACUGGCCGAGACCAACAUCCUCGGACUGGAUGCAUCCAACAGCUAUGGUGUCGCCACAGACCUUACGUCCGUUGUUCUCAUUGGAGGUCUAAGUCCCGAAGAGAAGUUGCAUGGCGUAAAGUACAUAAUUGAGUCAUUUGUUGGCUGCAUCAAAGACAUGGUUCUGAAAGCGGGUAAAGCUGCCUUUGACUUGCUGCCCAUCAAACCCCUCAUAGCAACUAAACACGACAAUGUACAGGAGGGGUGCAUUAACAAAUGUCGCACCCGUGAGAACCUGUGUUUUGUAGGCAGCAUGUGCAUCAAUCAUUACAACGAAUUGUCAUGUGACUGCUUCGGAACCUGCUACGAGGGAGAACUAUGCGAUGUUUACACGGCGACAAUUCUAACACUGAGAGGCUCCUCGUACAUGUCGUACAGAGUCUAUGAUUGGAAGGAUCGUGUCCACUCCAGUGUCAACCGUAUCGGCAUUCAUUUCAAGACGUGGUUCAACGACUCAGCUCUGUUCUACGCGAGUGGCGAGUCACCGCGCCACCACCACAUCGCCGUGUCCAUAGUGAACGGCAGUGUGCUGGUGCAUGUCGACAUGGGCGAUGAGUCAGCUGCCACCGUCAGCCAGCUGGGCACAGCUGUCAGCAACAACAGCUGGCACAACCUCACCAUUCUGCACAGCCACGAUCAGCUGUUGGUGUCGCUCGACGAUGACGUCAGGCUGUUGGAUCUGGGUGAAGGUCAGCUGCAGCAUCUCUACAUUGACCCGGAGAUAUACAUUGGCGGCGGGCCUGAGCUGCACAAGAGGAAAGGCCUCCAGUCCCACAACAAUUUCGUCGGCUCCCUGAAGUACGUCUACUUCAACGAUGUGUCCAUUCUGUACGAGCUGAAGAAGAACAACCCCAAGGUGCACUACAUCGGGGUGCUGGAUCCUCUCUAUGCCGAAGAGGACGUGGAUGACAUCCCUAUCACGUUUCCCUUCCCUGUCGCACACGUGUGGUGGACCAACGAUAACCCGGACGCUCUCUCUCUAGCUUUCGACUUCAAGAGUAGUCGUGCUAUGGCUGUGCUUGCCUAUUCCGAAGUUACUACCGCUACUGGUCAAGGAUAUUGGGAGGUGAGACUGGUAAACGAAGAGAUCCGGUUUGAACUGGUUCCCGACGUGACAAAGAACGUGACUCAUCUAACCACCCUCAAGUACGAGAACAAGGGGGCGUGGCAUACCGUAGAGUUGAACUACACAAGAGGAGAACUAGGCCUGGCUGUUGAUUUCAAACACAAAGAAGCCGAUCUCUACGGAUUGAAAUUCAAAAUGAGCAAAAAAGUUAUCAUUGGAAGUGGGAUUGGAGCCAAAGCUAGUCUUGGGCUGAUUGGAUGUAUGCGGGAAAUAAUAAUCAAUGGUGUACAGAUGGAACCGCGCUACUUAGUGCGUACUCAUCACACUGUGGGACAGGUAUCUCUGGACAACUGCCAGCUGGUUGACCCGUGCAAGCGGCCGAACGCGUGUGAACACGGCGGCAAGUGUCAGGUGAAGGAUGACCGACUCACCUGCGACUGCAAGGGCACCGGAUACAUCGGCAAGAACUGCCACUUCGCGAAAUUUCGUAAAACUUGCGAAGAACUCGCUCUGCUCGGCUACUCUAAGCCCGACGUCUACCUGAUCGACAUUGACGGAAACGGACGAUUUCCGCCCGCCCAUGUCAAGUGUGAGUUCCAGUCGCUGGAAAACUCAACGAAAACUAUCGUCGAACACAAUCUGCCCAGUCAAGUGGACGUACGCAGCCUGGCGGAAAACGACUUCAGUUUCACGAUCACCUACCGCGAAUUCACCUCAGAGAUGCUGCAAGAGUUGAUCUCCCACUCGCUCUACUGCAGUCAGUACAUAAAGUACGACUGCUACAAGGCUCCUUUGGAACUGCACUCGGCCACUUGGUUCAUAUCAGCUGCUCACAAUGGCACUGUUGACUACCUGGGCAACGUGAAAGAGGGGGUCUUGUCCCUGUGCUGGUCAGUUGUUCAUUUAAUCAUUCAUUUGUAAUAUUACAUUUUUUCUCGAUUAAAAUCGAAUCUUCAAUUCGAGAUCUAUAAAACUUGGUAGUAAAUAUCAGAGUAAUCGAUAUGCGGACAUUUUUUUAACUGAGAAUUUAUCGUAAAUAAUGUGUUGCAUUCCAUGG